CGAGAAAUGAGAGUUUCCAGCCUUGGAACCUCGCUGUCUUCUUUGAGUCUUGGAACGCCAACAUCGCCCAGCAGUCUGAGCUACCCACACUCCUCCUCCUCGAGGCCGCAACCUACCGUUCAUCCAACUUUGCCCUCUCAUAGGGGCGUGAAUACUGUCAAGAUGCAGCUGAACUAUCAUCUUCAGCAGUUAGUCAAAGGUCCACAAGGGGUUGUUGACCGGACAGCGUUGAAGGUGGUAUUGGAGGAAGUAUUCCAGUCGCCGAUCUUAUUGAAUGAGUCCUGCCCAAGUAUUCAGGAAUGCAUCGAGUUUGCCGAGAUUAGUUCCAUCAUUGAAAGUUGGGUCGGUGAGCUACGCCUGUUCAAUCUAUCUCUGGUGACUAUUCUACAGGCGGGAGAUUUACAAAUCUUUGUGUCUGAAUAAG